AUGGCUGUGGCGACGACAAAUGGUGACGCCGCCUCCGCAGCUGCGGCUGCGCUUGACAACCUCAAGCCGCCGCCUGGGAUCAUCAUCCCGCCGCCGGGCGAAAUCCGCGAGGCGAUCGAGAAGACGGCCGGGUAUGUAAUGCGCGGCGGCGCCGGCCUCGAGCAGCGCAUCCGCGAUAACCAUGGGAAGAACCCCAAGUUCAGCUUCUUGAUGACCAGCUCCGACCCGUACAACGCGUACUACGAAUGGCGCAAGCAGGAGAUCAAGGCUGGGAGGGGCACCGCGCUGUCGACCGGCCGCGUCGGCGAGGCAGGUGCCGCGCCCGCCCCAGAAAAGCCCGCGGGGCCGCCGAAGCCGCCCGAUUUCCAAUUCUCAGCCCGUAUGCCUCGAAUGAGCCAGAAAGACUUGGAGAUCGUGCGACUAACUGCCCUGUUCGUCGCCAAGAACGGGCGCCCCUUCAUGACACAGCUUGCCCAGCGUGAGGCCAGCAACCCCCAGUUCCAGUUCCUGAUACCCAAUCACACGUUCCACAACUUCUUCCAGAGCAUGGUCGAUCAGUACUCGGUUCUCCUGCGCGAGGGCGGGGUCAGCAGCGACGGGUCGAAUGCCCAGCAGGAGCGCAUCAACCAGCUGCGCCAGAACGUGGCCGACAAGUUCAAGGUGUUAGCGCGCGCCAAACAGCGAGCAGCGUACGCCAAGUGGCAAGAGGCCGAGAAGGCGAAGCAGGAGGAGGAGGAAGAAAAGAAGAAGAUCGAGUUUGCGCGGAUCGACUGGAACGACUUCGUCGUCGUCGAGACCAUCGUCUUCACAGAGGCAGACGACCAGGCGAACCUCCCACCUCCGACAACGCUCAAUGACCUUCAAUACGCAUCGCUAGAAGAGAAAAACAAGGUGUCGGUCAGUUCGAGUCUCCGCAUCGAGGAAGCCUUCCCGUUCGAGGAUACCAGCUACAAUGCGUAUCCUCCGCAAACGUACGGCGUACAGGCACCGGCGGCGCAGCAGCCACCACCGGCUGCCAACGCCCCUGCGCCCCAGGCGCACGGUGCUCCCGUGCACCUUGCCGCGCGGACGAGACCCUCCGAGGAGGAGACAGAGGCGCAGAAGAUGCAAGAGAAGGAACAGGAACGCCUCCGCACGCAACAGGCCCAAGCCGAGGCCCGCAGUGGCCCGGCGCCCAUGAAGAUCAAGGAGGACUACGUCCCACGUGCAGCUCAGCGGGCGGCGAACAAGUUCGGCACACAGACUGCAAUGUGCCCGAACUGCAAGCAGCAAAUACCACUCAACGAGAUGGACGAACAUAUGAGGAUCGAGCUACUUGAUCCUCGGUGGAAAGAGCAGAAGGCCAAGGCCGAGGCUCGAUAUGCCACGACCAACCUCUCCACAGUGGACGUGGCCAACAACUUGAAACGCCUAGCCAGCCAGCGAAGCGAUGUCUUCGACACCACCACAGGGCAGGCCGUUUCCGAAGAAGAACUGGCGCGGCGGAAGAAAGUUGCGCUGCACGCCUUCGAUGGCAACCCGGACGGCAAGAGCCAAGCGCACAUCAACCAGCUCCAGACAUUCAAUCUAGACGAGCAAAUCCGAGCUAUCCACCAGAAGUUUGCCGACAAGAAGUGA